GAAAAGAAGCCCAUCAAUAUCAAGAGAACAGAACAGAAGAUACGACCAAAGGGACGAGAGAGACGAAUAUUCACAGUAUGCUACAUCAGACAGUGCGAUGCCCAGGUCACCAUCAGAUUAUUCAGAUAGGCGGUCGCAGCGUGGGCCUCAGUUAUACGAAGAACCUGAACUGGGUGAUUAUAGAGAUUCCAACAGAAGGAGUCGCAGGCGUUCCAAGGAGUAUCCGGUAGAAGAGGAAGAUGCACAAAACAGGGAAGAAUAUGAAAGGCAGCGGAGGGAAGAGGAAUACCAGGCACGAUACCGAAGUGAUCCUAAUUUGGCUCGUUACCCAGUCAAGCCACAACCAUAUGAAGAACAAAUGCGUAUCCAUGCUGAAGUUUCUCGAGCACGUCAUGAACGGAGACAUAGUGAUGUCUCAUUGGCAAAUACAGAGUUGGAAGAUUCUCGAAUGUCUAUGCUGAGGAUGGAACGACCGUCGAGACAAAGAUCAGUAUCUGAGCGCAGGGCUGCCAUGGAAAAUCAACGUUCAUACUCUAUGGAAAGAACUCGAGAGGCUCAGGGACCAAGUCCCAAUCGUCAGAGGACCACAAAUCAUAGUCCUCCUACACCUAGGAGGAGUCCAAUUCCUCUGGAAAGACCAGACAUGAGGCGGUCUGAUUCAUUAAGGAAGCAACACCAUUUGGAUCCCAAUUCUGCUGUACGGAAAACAAAGCGCGAAAAGAUGGAGACCAUGUUACGGAAUGAUUCACUCAGCUCAGACCAGUCUGAAUCUGUCAGACCUCCACCACCAAAGCCUCAUAAAACAAAAAAGGGAGGUAAAAUGCGCCAGGUUUCAUUAAGUAGCUCAGAAGAAGAAUUGGCGUCCACUCCCGAGUAUACGAGUUGUGAUGAUGUAGAGAUUGAAAGUGAAAGUGUUAGUGAAAAAGGGGACAGUCAAAGGGGAAAAAGAAAAACUAGUGAGCAGGCAGUUUUGUCGGAUUCUAACACCUUAUCCGAGAGGCAAAAGAAAAUGGUGUGCUUUGGUGGCCACUCUUUGGAAGAGGACUUGGAAUGGUCUGAGCCUCAGAUAAAAGACUCUGGGGUUGAUACGUGUAGUAGCACAACUCUAAACGAGGAACAUAGCCAUAGCGAGAAGCACCCAGUAACUUGGCAACCAUCCAAAGAUGGAGAUCGUCUCAUUGGUCGGAUCUUGUUAAAUAAACGACUAAAAGAUGGAAGUGUGCCUAGAGACUCAGGAGCAAUGCUUGGAUUGAAGGUAGUAGGAGGAAAGAUGACUGAAUCAGGUCGACUCUGCGCAUUUAUCACCAAAGUUAAAAAAGGAAGUUUAGCUGAUACAGUGGGGCAUCUUAGACCAGGUGAUGAAGUAUUAGAAUGGAAUGGAAGGCUACUACAAGGAGCCACCUUUGAAGAGGUCUAUAACAUCAUUUUAGAAUCCAAACCUGAGCCACAAGUGGAACUUGUCGUUUCAAGACCAAUAGGGGACAUUCCCAGAAUACCUGACAGCACACAUGCGCAGCUGGAGUCCAGUUCUAGUUCAUUUGAAUCUCAAAAAAUGGACCGACCUUCUAUUUCAGUGACUUCUCCUAUGAGUCCUGGCAUGUUAAGGGAUGUUCCACAGUUCUUGUCUGGACAACUUUCAGUUUUGUGGUUUGAUAAGAUAUUGCAGUUUGAGGUGCAUAAGAAUAGUAGCAGGAGAUUUGGAUGA